AUGCCCCAUGACAGUCGGGGACCCAGGGACGCCACAGCUCGCUGCCCCGCACCCUCGUGGGUGGGUUUACUGCAGACUCUGCUCACCCGCCGCGAGCGCGAGGCUCCUGUCUGCGGCGGGGAUGGGGGCUCCCUGUGCCUUUGGCUCGUCCUGGAGCGCAGCCGUCGGGGGCCUGUGGCCGAGUCUCGUCUAUUAAUAAAGAGCCGGAAACGCACGCGGAGUCCAGCCCCCAGCAGGAGGCUGCCCGUUGCCGGCCGCCGGCCCGGCCAGGUGGGGGCCGGGCUGCGCAACCUGGGGAACACCUGCUACGCCAACGCGGCCCUGCAGUGCCUGACCUACACGCCCCCGCUGGCCGGCUACCUGCUGUCCCGGCCGCGCGCGCCCUCCUGCCCCCGGCGGCUGUCCUGCACGCUCUGCGCCAUGCGGGCGCACGUCUCCCGCGCCCUCCUGCACCCCGGGGAGGUGGUGUCGCCCGUGAAGGAGCUGCUCGCCGGCUUCCAUGCCUGGCGCCAGGAAGAUGCCCACGAGUUCCUGAUGGCCACCGUGGGCGCCAUGCAGGGCGGGUGUGUGAGCGAGCUCGCGGCCGCGCACCCACAGCCCCAGGACAGCACCCUGGUGCGGCGGCUCUUCGGGGGCUACUGGAGGUCCCAGAUCCAGUGCGUGCGCUGCUGCGGAGUCUCCACCACGCUGGAGCCCUACCUGGACAUCGCCCUGGACAUCCAGGCCGCCGACAGCGUGGAGCAGGCUCUGCAGGACUUGGUGAAGCCGGAAAGCCUGGACGGGCCCGACGCGUACCACUGCGCUGCCUGGCGACAGGGGCCCGCCGCCAAGACGCUGGCUCUGCACGCCCCUCCCCAGGUCCUCAUCCUCAUGCUCAAGCGCUUCGGCGGCCCCACAGGCGGCAAGGUGGCCAAGCCCGUGCGCUACCCACAGCGCCUGGACCUGCAGGCCUUGCUGUCCGAGCAGAAGGCGGGGGCCCUGGAGUACGAACUCUAUGCAGUGCUGGUCCACGCAGGCUGGGGGUGUCACCAGGGACACUACUUCUGCUACGUGAGCCCUGGGAAGGACCGGUGGUAUCGCAUGGACGACUCUCAGGUCACCUCCUGCAGUGUCUCCUCUGCCCUGAGCCAACAGGCCUACGUGCUCUUUUACAUCCAGAAGAAGGAACUGGACAGGGCCAGCGAGCAGGACUCCCCUGGCGGACCACCCCCAACGCUGACCACCACAGGUGUGGACCUGCUCCCUCAGGCCCAUCGGGAGCUUGUCGGAGACCAGCCUCCUGCUGUCCCCGAGCCCCAGGAGCCUGCGGGAGAGACCCCGACCCGGCCGGUCACCUUGGACCAGUGGAGAAAGCAUCAGGAGCACGAGCGACCCAAGCCUGCCCUCAAGCUCAGGGAGGUGGACCGUGCCCUGCCCGCCGACGCGGUCGUGAUCCACCGGCCCAGACAGCCCGCGGGGACCAGAGCGGGUCCUGCCCAGCGCGACACUGGCCAGCCGCAGCCUUCAGCCUGGGCACAUGCUGCUCAAGGGCCAGCACCCGUGGGCAGAGCCCCUGGCAUGGGAGAGAGAACCAGAGUCACCAAGGGGAAGAACAGGAAGGCCCAGAGGGUCCUGCUUGCCUUCUAG